CACGUUGCGCACGCGCUCCGUCCGCGUCAAGCUACGGAAUUCCGUAGUCGGUAUUUUGAAGUGAACAAGUAAUGCAUUGUGAAGAACAGAGGCACCAUGGAAGGUGUUCUUAAUAAAUGGACCAAUUAUAUAAGUGGUUGGCAGCCACGCUGGUUUGUAUUAGCCGGAGGAACGCUUUCAUAUUACGAUUCCCAAGAAGAUGCCUGGAAAGGAUGCAAGGGCAGCAUCAAGAUUUCCGUAUGUGAAAUACAAGUGCACCCAUCUGAUUCUACAAGAGUCGAUCUGACCAUACCAGGAGAGCAAUACUUCUACCUUAGGGCCAUCAAUGCAGCAGAAAGACAGAAAUGGCUGGUAGCUUUGGGAACAGCCAAAGCAUGUCUGACAGACAGCCGGACCAAGAAAGAGAAGGAAAUACAGGAAAACACAGUGGCACUGAAAACCAAGAUGUCUGAACUGAGGUUAUACUGUGACCUUCUUCUUGAACAGGUGAACAAACUCAAGGAUAGUCCAUUGGUUGAGGCAGCAGCUGGCUCUGGAGAGGCAGGGAAUGAAACAGGUAAACUGGUGAAGUCCACAUGUGCCACGUUUCUGAAGACAUUGGAGGAGUGCAUGCAGAUAGCCAGUCGCACAUUCCCUCCGGACCUGCAGAACCUCAGCCCGCUAGAUACACCUCCUGUUGCUGCUAUUAAAGCUCACAAGAUCAAAACUUCAAACCAAAGAAGUCACCAUUUGGAAGAAAAACAGAAGCACUCAGUAAAUAGCUCAUCUGUUGCAUUAGUAUCUGAGAGAGUGAAGCUGGGACCAGACAGAAAGCCCCCUGAAUUACUUCCAGACAACAUACCAGAAUUUUUUGAAGAGGAGAGACUAAUCGAGGAAGGAUGUGAAGACCAGGUGGAGGUUUCAAGUGCAACUAACUCUAAUCUUCACAAUCCUGCUGAGGCUGAUCUUCCCACAGGGGACGCAGGAGCAGACGUGCACCCAGAAGUAACUCCCGAAUUAGGAAUACAAAAAGAACAGCAGCCUAUCCCUAAGCAAAGCCAAGAGGCUGGUGCAGAAUUGCAUAAGCUUGAGUCAGAGGGUAAAAAAGAAAAGGAAGAUCAGGUGGAAACAUUCUUCAGUAGUAUGAGCAACAGAUUUAGUGAUAUAAGACUGGAGGACGACAGUGGUAUCCCCACACGAGCCUUUUUGGACUCUUGCUAUGCUAUAGUGCCAGUAUUAGACAAGCUGGGACCAACAGUCUUCGCUCCAGUUAAAAUAGAUUUUGUGGGCAACAUUAAGAAAGUGCAGCAGAAGUUACAGUCAGACCCAGGCAACUUCCCCACUCUGCAGAGUAUUGUGCUCCACGAAGUGCAGAUGGAAGUGGCACAGGUGCGGAACUCGGCCACCGAGGCGCUGCUGUGGCUCAAACGAGGAUUAAAAUUUCUCAAAGAGUUUCUCUCCGAGGUGAAUGCUGGAGAGCAGGACAUCCAUGCAGCUUUGAACAAUGCCUACGGAAGGACGCUCCGCCAGUAUCACGGGUGGGUGGUGCGUGGAGUCUUUGCCCUGGCUCUGAGGGCUGCUCCUUCCUAUGGUGGAUUCAUGGCAGCACUGGUAUGUCAUGAGGGAGAUGAGCUGAAGGAGGAUUUUAUGUCAGGGAUGCACCGCGACCUUGCCAUCUACCUACCAGCCAUGGAGAAGCAGCUGGCCAUCCUAGAUGCUCUGUAUGAGGAGUACGGCCUGGAGUCAGACGAAGUGGUGUGAGACAUUCACGGACCCUCACAGAUACAGGCAGAACUCAUCCUCAGGCUGCAGUGAGAGUACUGUAGUGUGUGAGAUCCUGAUUAAGGGAUACCGAUGCUGCUGAAGGUCUGUAUGCAGCAGAGCAAGCACUGUAGCAGCACUGGAUGUCGGUAGCUACCAUUAGUGCUAUGAAGGUGCAGUCACCUACAUUCUCAAUAAGGGGCCAAAAAUGUACAUUUUAUAGAGUGUGAAGGUCUUUUCAUGGAGCACUUAUUUUUCUGUCUUUUUUUGGGUAGGUAGCAGGGUGGAUUUUGUGGCAUUUGGCAACUGAGUAAUUUUCUUGCAAUUACAUGAUUUGAAAAAAGUGAUCUUACAAUGUAGAUUUUUAUGUAUUAACGUACACAUCUGUGGAAAGUAUGGAAAGGUGUCAGUAUGUAAGCAAGCCACAGUAUUUGCAUUUGCACUCUGCAUGUCAUGCCUCCUUAUUUUUCCCCUUCGUAUAUCAGAUAUCCCUUUGGUAGCAUUGAUAGACAGUUAGAAAUGAAUUCAAUGCCAUAGGCAAGCACAAAUGAAAUGUUUGUUUGGGUUGAGUGGAUUGUAAAAGAGACCUGGCAUUUGUGUUACUCAUUUACUUAUGUGGACAACGUAAUUGUGCACAAUUCCUAGGCUGAGCAAUUUAACAGAAAUUAUUUAUGGCUUCGAAGGACCAGCUCAUAAAAUGAAGGGAAACACUUUGUAUUCAGCACGCUUCAUAUUUUUUUAUUUAUAAAAGCCAAAUUUGUACAUUUUUCUAAUAAUUGUAUUUAUUAAAUUAUUUACACAUCGAACAAUUAUAAGAAUAGAUCAUGCUAACUUAUUAAUGUAGCCAAAUGAACAAUACUUAACUGUGCAUGUUGUAUUGCAUGGGUUGUGUUAAUUUUUUAUGUUAAAUGAACAUCAAUCAAAACUUAUUAUAUCCCAUAAGUUACACUUGACACAAAUUCCUGUUAUGGCUGUACAAAGCCAUGUUAAAUACUCUACUAGAUGCAGAAUUUUUUAGGAAUACACUAAUGAUCCAAAAUGCAGAUUGUACAGUACCUAUUAUUGGUGACUUUUACAUCAUUAAAGUGUUUUGGAAAGAAAUAUCUCAGAUACACUCACACACAAUAAGAACUGCUCCAUGCUUUAGGGUCUCUAUGGCGCUGAGCAGCAUUUUAUAUUCUUAGCUUCCAGGUGUCAUCUGUGCACUACACAUAUUAGACAGGAUAAGAUUUAUUUUAAAUAGUUUUAAAUAUUUUUAGAUAAUAUAAAUGAGAAUAGGUGACAUCCUUAUCUCGUCUAGGCUACUUUAGAACUGUAAUAUCUACCUUUAUGCCACCUGUGCUAUUCACUGAUGGUAACAUAUGUUCUAUGCACUUUGCCUCUAUUUUCAUAAUGUUUUUUUAUUUAUUUCUGUAUGACCAGAUCUAACAUUAAGAGAAGGAAGGCUGGCUGUGUAUAAUCGUAAUGUGUGUAGGUAUACGUAUGUGAAUAAACGCAAAAAAAAAUUCUAAUCAAUCUAAAGGUAAAGAAUGUGAUGCAGUGCAUCUGACUUUGCUUUCAUCUGUAAUGGCAUUUCUAAUGAAUGAUUCUAUUACAAACAACUCUCCCUGUCAGUUGUUUACAUUCAUGUGUUUAGUUUGUCUUCACUGAACAUGCAAGCAUCGAUGGACGAAUGUCUAUACACUGUUUACAAGGGCACUAGGUAAGGUGUUAUAAUCAGUAAUGUAUAGAAAGUGAACAGAAAGCCUGCUGAGUCCCAGAAAGAUGACUGAUUUGACUGAAAAUACAAGGAUGAAAUGUGGGGUCUGUGUAAAUUGAGAUUAAACAAUGUUGUUUUAGGUAAGUAAAUAAAAAAAUAUUAUGACAAAUUAAAUGUUGAAAGUAAUGUUAAAUAAUGUGUUUGUUUGUAGAGAAACAUCUCAAUCAAUUUGGGUUUUAUUACAGUUUAGUUCUGCACGACACCACCUGGCUAUGGGUCAUAUCCACCUGGGUCAUAUCCACAGUUGUGUCUUAUUCUAUUGUGAAAAAUAGGUGUGUUAUUAAAACAGAGCCCAAUUUUAGUC